AUGGAUUCACUCGUUGCCGGAAUGGAAGGAACGACGGUCUACCUGGACGACCUGAUGAUCUGUGGACGAACGGUCGAAGAGCACAAUAACCGUGUUGUCGCCGUUUUUGCAAAGCUGGACGAGUACGGAUUCCGCAUCAAACCGGAGAAAUGCCAUUUUCUCAUGCCAAAAAUCGAUUUUUUGGGAUUCCAAAUCGACUCUGAAGGACGCCGCCCGGAUCCAGCCAAAGUCCAGGCGAUUCUCGACAUGCCGCCGCCGAAAAAUGUGACGGAAACGCGAGCUUUCCUUGGAAUGGUCCAGUUCUACGGAUCUUUUGUGCCUGCGCUGCACGCGCAUCGACGGCCGCUCGACGCUCUCACCAAAAAGGACGUCAAGUUCGAAUGGAGCGCCGCCUGUCAGAAGGCAUUCGAGGCUGUCAAAAGGAUGCUCAAUUCCGACCUUCUGCUCACUCAUUACGACCCAAAGUUGCCGAUCAUCGUCGCUGCCGACGCCUCGCAAUAUGGAAUCGGUGGCGUGAUCUCCCAUCGUUGGCCAAAUGGGACGGAAAAAGCGAUUUUCCACUUUAGUCGUGCUCUGACGGCCACUCAACAAAGGUACAGUCAGAUUGAGAAGGAAGGACUCGCUCUCGUCACCGCCGUCACCAAGUUCCAUCGUUACCUUCAUGGCCGCCGCUUCACUCUCCGAACGGAUCACAAGCCAUUGCUGACAAUCUUUGGCGGAUCCAAAGGAGUACCGAUUUAUACUGCAAAUCGAUUGCAAAGGUGGGCCACCAUUCUGCUCAACUACGAUUUCGAAAUCUCGUACGUCAAAACAAAAGAUUUCGGACAGGCCGAUGCCCUGUCACGCCUCAUCAACCAGAAAGCCCGUCAAGCUGAAGAAGAUGAGGUGAUCAUCGCGCAAAUCGAAGUUCAAGCUUCGCCGGAACUCGCCAGUCAGUGCAACCAGCUUCCAGUCACCGCCGCAAUGAUUCGAAAUCAUUCAAAAACGGAUCCGCUUAUUCAAAAAGCCAUGGCGUGUGCAGAGCGAGGAGUCUGGCCGAAGGAUCUCGAAAAGGAGCCCGCGUUCCAGCAAUUUUCGAGACGCCGGGAACAACUGUCGAUUGUCGAGGACUGUCUGAUGAUGGCUCAUCGCGUCGUCGUUCCGCAACGUCUUCGUCAACGGGUUCUCGUUUCGCUUCACAAAGCACACCCGGGAAUCGUCCGUAUGAAGUCACUCGCUCGCAGUCUCGUCUUCUGGCCCGGAAUCGACAAGGAUAUCGAGCAGGUUGUGCGGAGCUGCGACAACUGCGCCGCCGCUGCCAAGAAUCCGAUAAAGAACGUGCUCUACUCGUGGCCAAAACCAGCUGCUCCGUGGACACGCGUGCACGCCGAUUUCGCCGGACCCGUCGACGGAGUCUACUACUUGGUGGUAGUAGACGCAUAUUCAAAAUGGCCGGAAGUAAUGGCGACCAAAUCGAUCACAUCGACCGCCACCAUCAAGCUCUUCGAGAAGAUUUGGGCAAUUCGGGAAUCCGGAGACGCUGGUGACGAACAAUGGAACACAAUUCGCCGCGCAAUUGUUCCAGUCAUUCUGCGAGGAGAGAGGGAUCAACCACGUCUUCGCACCACCCUAUCAUCCGCAAUCAAAUGGCCAAGCUGA